UAUUCCAUGGGGUGAUACCUUAAAAAUAUUGAAAAUAAGCUAUGAUGCUCUAGAGGAGGAUCAGAAAGAGAUAUUCCUACAUGUUUGUUGCCUAUUGAAAGGUGAAACGGAGAAGAAAGCAAUCAGAAUACUAGAAAGUUUAGGAUCUCAUGCUCAGAUUGGUUUAAGUGUUCGCAGAAAUCCUUGAUAACUUUCGGUGAUGAUCAUUAUGAUGAUGAUGAUAAGGUGUUGGACAUGCAUGAUCAUAUUGAAGAAAUGGGAGUGCAUACUGUUCGUAGGUUGGAUCCCGAUGAGCCAGAGCGACAUAAGCUACUAUGGAUUAAAGAUGAAAUUGAACAUAUAGAAAAAGAAGACAUGGGUACCGAAGCAAUAAGAGGUAUAAAACUGCCGUAUAUGCGUGUCCAUGCAGCUAUAAUUUCACAAAGUCUUAGAAAGAUGAGGAACCUAUGUUUUCUCUACGUCGGGUGGCCAUUUGAAACAUCUGGAUCUUAUAGCAGGCGGGUAUAUGAAUAUUUUACUUCCAAAUACCACCUUCCAAACAGUUUACAAUUUCUACAUUGGAAAGGAUAUCCUUUUAGGUACUUACCUAAAACAUUUCAAGGAGAUAACCUUGUUGAGAUGGAAAUACCCGAGAGCCAUAAACUCUGGAAAGGGGGAGGAAAAAAAGCUUUUCGGAGAAGUGGCAUUAUUGCUUUCAAAGAUGACAAGGACAUCAUGGUUGGAGAAAAGAUCAGUGAGGAGCUCCCCAAAGCCAUCAAAGAGUCCAAGUUUUACAUGGUUAUUUUCUCCAAGAAAUUUGCAGAUUCUUAUUGGUGCUUAAACGAGCUUGUGGAGAUCCUAAAAAUAUGCCAGAACCCGGAGGAGGAGGAAAAACGAGCUUUUUACCCGGUCUUCUAUGAUGUGAAACCCAGUGAAGUCCGCGAACAAAAGGGGCCGGUUGGAGAGGCAUUUUCGGUACACUCAGAGAAUGAGGCUGCUGGGAGAUGGAGGGAAGCUAUGGAAAAAGCAGCGAAUCUGGAAGGAUGGGAGUUGACCAAAACUGCUGACGGGCAUGAAGUUCAAUUCAUCGAGAAAAUUAUUCACAACAUUUCACAAAAGCCAUAUCUCGCCAAUUUCAGUGUUAAUAAAAACUUAGUGGGCAUGACGACUCGGGUGGAGAAAUUACUUUUAAGUUUACAGGUUGGCUUUGAUGACAUUCGGAUGUUAGGAAUCACCGGUCUGGGUGGUGUGGGGAAUACAACUUUGGCAAGUGUAGUUUUUAAUCGGAUAGCCAAUCAGUUUGAUGGUAAAAGCUUUGUUGAGAAUGUUCGAGAACGCUCAAAAGAUCCUAAGGGUUUGCAUGAUAUGCAACAACAGGUCCUUACUUCUGUGUUUGGCGAUCCAAAAAUUAGGGUGUCUAGUGAUGUUGAAGGGCGUAAUAUGAUGAAAAGGAGGAUGCCUAAUAUCAAAGUUCUUGUAGUUCUAGAUGAUGUGAAUGAUGUAAAGCAACUUGAGGCGUUAGCAGAACCAAGUUGGUUUAGGCCAGGAAGUAGAAUCAUCAUUACAUCAAGAGAUACACAAGUAUUGGUAGCCCAUGGAGUUGAGAGUCACAACAUUCAUGAUGUCGGUACGUUAUCAGAUGAGGAUGCAAUUCGUCUCCUUAGUAGGCAUGCUUUUGGCACAGAGAGUCCAACUCAGGGUUAUGAAGAGCUAUCUGAAAAGGUUGUAAGAUAUGCUGCUGGUCUUCCUUUAACCAUCAAAACUUUAAGUUCAUCUCUUGGUGCUCAGUCUACAGAUGUAUGGGAAGAUGCCAUCAAAGAACUGAAAGAAAUUCCCUGGGAUGAUACCUUGAAAAUAUUGAAAAUAAGCUAUGAUGCUCUACGGGAGCAUCAGAAAGACAUAUUCCUACAUGUUGCUUGCCUAUUGAAAGGCGAAAGGAAGAAAAAUAUAAUCAGAAUACUCGAAAGUUUAGGAUUUCAUGCUCAAAUUGGUUUGAGUGUUCUCGAGCAGAGAUCCUUAAUAACUUUCCGGCAUGAUAGUCAUUAUGAUGAAGAUGAUUAUAAGAGGUUGGGCAUGCAUGAUCAUAUAGAAGAAAUGGGAAUGCAUAUUGUUCGUAGUCUGCAUCCUGAUGAGCCUCAGCAGCAUAAGCUACUAUGGAUUAAUGAUGAGAUUGAAGAUAUAAUAGAAAAAGACAUGGGUACCGAAGUAAUAAGAGGUAUAAAAUUGUCGUAUUUGAGACUCCCUCCAGCUAAAGUUUUGCAUAGUCUUAGAAAGAUGAGUGGACUGUUUUCUUCACGUAGGGUGGUCAAGUUAUGCAACAUCUCGAUCUAAUUAUAGCAGGCGGGUAUAUGAAUAUUUUACUUCCAAAUACCAUCUUCCAAACAGUUUACAAGUUCUACAUUGGCUUAAAUACCCUUAUAGGUAUUUACCUAAUACAUUUCAAGGAGAUAACCUUGUUGUGAUGGAAAUGCGCCGGAGCAAUAUCCAUCAAAUCUGGAAAGGGGGAAAAAAAAGGUUCUUCCCAAACUCAGGCUCCUUGACCUUGGUUAUUCUGAAAUAGAAAUCUUUGACUCUGUUGGGAUGCUUCCAAAUCUUGAAGAAUUAAUUCUUUGCAAAUGUGAAAAGUUGGUAGAAGUCAACAUUUCUGAUGAAUGUUCGCAUCUCAAGAAGCUAGACCUAUACAGAUGUAAAGCCUUAGAAAAACUCACCAUUUCCAAUGAAUGUCUGAAUCUCGACGAGCUGGAGCUGCGCGGAUGCGAAUCCUUAAGAGAACUUCAAUUGCAUGGGAAGUGUCCAUCACGUCUGAAGUUCUUCUACCUUUCCAAGGCAAAGUUACGUAGCUUCAACCUUGGGCUGACCCCUAAUCUGGAGGUGUUAUCAGUUGAAGAAUGCAAAGACUUGGAGGAACUCGUCAUGCCUGUUGAAUGUCGAAUGCUCACUGAACUCUCCCUCAACAAUAUCAAGAACUUACGUAGCUUCAACCUUGGGAUGGCCCCUAAUCUGGUGGUGUUAUCAGUUAAAAAAUGUGAAGACUUAGAGGAACUCAUCAUUGCUGUUGAAUGUCCAAUGCUCACUAAACUGUCCCUCGAAAAUAUCAAGAACUUACGUAGCUUCAACCUUGGGAUGGCCCCUAAGUUGGAGGUGUUAUCAGUUGAAUAUUGUGAAGACUUGGAGGAACUCAUCAUGCCUGUUGAAUGUCGAAUGCCUGUUGAAUAUUGUCGAAUGCUGACUAAACUCUCCCUCUAUUGUAUCAAUAAGUUACGUAGCUUCAACCUUGGGAUGACCCCUAAUCUGGAAGUGUUGCGACUUGAAAGAUGUAAAGACUUGGAGGAACUCGUCAUGCCUGUUGAAUGUCGAAUGCUGACUAAACUCUCCCUCUAUUGUAUCAAUAAGUUACGUAGCUUCAACCUUGGGAUGGCCCCUAAUUUGGAGGUGUUAUCAGUUGAAGAAUGUGAAGACAUGGAGGAACUCGUCAUGCCUGUUGAAUGUCGAAUGCUGACUAAACUCUCCCUCUAUUGUAUCAAUAAGUUACGUAGCUUCAACCUUGGGCUGACCCCUAAUCUGGAAGUGUUAUCAGUUAAAUUUUGUAAAGACUUGGAGGAACUCGUCAUGCCUGUUGAAUGUCCAAUGCUCGGAGAGCUCUCCCUCGGUGGUAACAAUAAGUUACGUAGCUUCAACCUUGGGCUGACCCCUAAUCUGGAAGUGUUAUCACUGACCAGUUGUCAAAUAAUCUAUGUGCCUGUUGAGCUUCCAAGGCUUAGAGUCCUAUCCGUCGACAGUUAUAAGGAUGAACAUUAUGGGUCGUUUUCGUAUCUACUUGACCUUGGAUGGUGUCGGAACCUAGAGCAGUUACCCGAGGAUCUGGAUAGAUUGGAGUGUUUAGAGGAGUUACUCCUAAUGGGUUGUAAAUCUUUACGGAGUAUUCCUGACUGCAUCUGUAACAUGACUCGUUUGAAAAGAUUGGAUCUCUCAUAUUGCGAUAAGCUUGAGAAACUGCCUGAUGAAUUUAGACGUUUACAAAGUUUGGAAUUGUUAGACGUCACAUGGGGGACAGCUGAUAGGUUAAAGAAUCUUCCAGAGAGCAUUUCCCAAUUGAAAAAUCUUGAGGUCAAGAAAUAGCUAGAAGCUAGGUUAGAGAAUCUUCCUAAUUAACAUUCAUGGCUUGUACAUUUCUGUUACAUGGCAUCAUUUAUAUACUCGUAUUAAUAAACUUGGAUUUUUGUGUCUGUAUGUAUAUAAUUGGGGAUAUCGGCAUAGUUGUUAAACUCGUACGAGUCACGAGUCGAGUCAAUAAGUAGUGAAAACGUUGCAACUCGUUGGAUAACUCGUAAAAGCUCUUGACUCGUGCUCUAGCUUGCAUUUUUCGGCGUGACUCGGACCGAGUCGAGUCGACUCGUUAACUCGUCCGGGUUUGGUUAAAUGAAGAAAAUCAUGUUUGAGGGCUGCUGGUCUUGGGUUUUGAGGUUGUUUGAAGCUCGGAUAAUCCGUGUAAAUGUGUAGAAAGUUAAUGGAAUUAAUCUUUCUUGCUA